GAGCAUCAAUGCAGAAGGAGGAGCUAGAAGAAGGCCCGGCUGACAAAGCUCGCUGCGUAGAUGGCUGGUGACCAGGAAGGAGAACCUCGCUUUAGGCUUAGGGAGGAAACGGGCUCUGUAUACCUGGACGCCGCCUUCCCCUUCUCCUAACUCCCAGAGGUCCAGAGGAGCCCUUGGCUGAGGCCCUGAUGGUGCCCGAGGGCUGAAGCCUCUCCGCUUCCUUCCUGCUGCUGUUUCGGGGCUAGAGCGGUGACUGGGCAUUCUGACGGAAGGCGAGAAAGAGAUGGUCACUCCUUGAGGCGAGCGGACUAGAGGCUAAGCAGCUUAGGUCGGGUAGGGAGCUGGCAUGAGCUUCCAGUAUUGGGUAGCUGCUGCCCGGGAAAGGCCGAAGGAGGGCCGCCGCUGUCGCCUGGAGCUGCCAUUGUGUUACUGAGAAAGAGAAGACCCCCCACUUCCCUUUGGGGAAGAUGGGAAAUUGCUUGAAAUCGCCCACUUCGGAUGAUAUUUCCUUGCUGCACGAGUCCCAAUCGGACAGGGCCAGUUACGGGGAUGGGACUGAACCGGAUCAGGAGCCGCCGCCGCCAUAUCAGGAACAAGUUCCAGUUUACCAUCCAACACCUAGCCAGACCCGCCUAGCCACCCAGCUUACGGAGGAAGAACAGAUUAGAAUAGCACAACGGAUAGGCCUUAUACAGCACCUGCCAAAAGGAGUCUAUGAUCCUGGAAGAGAUGGUUCAGAGAAAAAGAUCAGAGAGUGUGUCAUCUGUAUGAUGGACUUUGUUUACGGAGACCCUAUCAGAUUUCUGCCCUGCAUGCAUAUUUACCAUCUGGACUGUAUAGAUGACUGGUUGAUGAGAUCUUUCACAUGUCCUUCUUGUAUGGAGCCCGUUGAUGCCGCAUUAUUGUCCUCUUAUGAAACUAACUGAGCCAGAGUGUCUCUUCUGACCUGUCAAGAAAACAUCAUUUUUAAUGGAUUAUACCUAUUGUUCUACCCAAAGAACCAGUGAUUAGUAAACAAAACCAUGCACCCAAAACGUUCAUUUCCUUAUAAGACAAUAAUUUACAACUAGCUGCAGGUAAUUGAUAAUGAGAGGGAGGAAGAGACAUCUUUUAGGAAAUACAUAGGAUGCUAUUUUUAUGUAAAGCCUUGAUCCAGUACUUAAAAAUAGUUUUACUCUUCAUGAAAGCCUGCUAGCACACCCACCCAGAGGAGUUGUGUGGAGGGUAAUAGUAGAUGCUAAAUAUUAAAUUGUGUGGACUGAAAUUAGCAAGCUACUCUGCUCAAGCAUCAUUGACUCACACAAGAGUACUGCCAUGGGAAAAUGUAUUUGGAGAGCAGAAGCAGUGUGAGAUACAUACAUGUACUUGACGAAAGAGAAAGAGAUACCAAAACAUCCUUUUCUCUUAAAGAAAAGGGUCUGUCUGCUCAGAUUGCUCACAGGUUUCUGGUAUUUGGGUCAAUGUUCUAUUUACAAAAAAAAAAAAAAAAAAUCCUACAUUUUUAUAACACUGGCACAAAAAUAGUUUUAAGCUUGUUUGCACAAUUCUUUUUUUAUCCAUUGGAAAUGGAAUCCAUUUUGCCUUAGGUCUUUUUAAAUAGCAUAUUCUUAUGUUUGGGCUGGCUCUAUGCUUGAAAAUCAGUUUAUUUAUAACCUGUUGUACAAGUACUAUAUGUUGUUUGCAGGUAGGAUUCUGUGGACUUCAAAAAUAUGUCCUAGCUUAUAAGCAAAUGUGAGAUGCACUAUCUCUUUUGUAUAUGUGGCAUUCUAAGGUUGAGGUAUUAAAGAAAAAUCAGAAAACAAACCAGGGUUUUGCCUCUCUAGGCUUUUCUUUCCCUGCCUCAUUUUUUUGCCUAAAGUUUGCUGGAUUCAGACACCAAGAUCAGUGUUGUUAUUGACAGGUAAAGGCAGAGAAUGGUGAACAUGGAAGCAUGCUAAAAGAUCACCUAUAUCACAAAAUUUGUUUAAAUAGCCUUCUUACAGCAAGUAUUACAUGGAACCAUAUAAAAAGGAUACUGCAUCUCUCAUUCUUGUAGUUCUUAGAUUUGAAAGACCAGACUGUGUCCCAGUCUAUGUAAUCAAUGUAUCUUGUAUUUUGUUGGCUGGCAAAGCAGUCUGUCAAGCAGGUGUUAAAUAAUCUAUAUGUUUUGUACAAAAUUGCAAAAAAUUGUAUUUGGCACCGAAUUACAUAGGACUGAUCAAGUGAGUGAACUGCAGCUGGGAAGGGCUGUUUCAAGUAUUUGUAUGUCUGAAAUGACCAAAAGGUGCUUGCAAAGAAAGUCAUGCAAAGAAAGUGUAGUUAUAAAAACAGCUGUCAAUUUAGCAUGUGGGGCUUUGUCCUAUUAUGUGUUCUUUAAUGUAAUUUUAUACAUUUGACUUAAAGACAAUUCUUUUAAUUUAGCAUGAGAUACAGGCUCCAGUUAAUAGCGCUGUAUUAUGAGGACCGGCCUUGUUUUAACACAUGAUUUUAAUAACUGUAUUUAAACAAACUGCUACACUGAAGACUGUACGCUUAAGAGAAUAGAGUAAUUAGAUGUCAAAUAAUUUCUACAAGGUUAGUAGUAUGCACACAUCUGAAAUAUGACUUAUUUCUUGUUCUGCAGAACCUUUCAUUCAGAUGUUUCAGUCCGUAUCCAAAGUGAACACUCGUUUAUUCAUACAGCUCCUAUGCAAGCAGAUUUUCUCUCCAAAUUAUAGUGAGCAAGGCAUACUGAGCAUGAUCAGAGUUAGCCUUAAAAAUGAAAAAAAAAAAAAAAACAGGCUGGGAAAGAGCUCCCUAUUUGCCUCUGCCACCUUUGAACCUAUCUAAGUACCUUGUUUGCAAUUCUGCAUCAGAUACAGAUUGUUCCACUAUGACUGAUGCAUUGAAGAAAGCAAUUUGAAGCAAGUACCAUGUUAGACUAAUUUGCAUUUUAUAGGAAACUUUUUAGUGCAACCCUCUUCAACUGUUCUUAAUUCCUAGAAGAGAGAUAAAAGGAAAUUGUGCAAUAUUUUCAGAGUAAAUCAUACUACCUUGUCAUUCCAUAUUUUUCCCAUAAAUGUUAAUGUCUAUCUUGUUAAGUAUUAUAGCCAGAAUUUGUUUCUUUUACCUUGGAUGUUAAAUUGGCAAAUGAACCAUUUUUAAACACA